UUCAAUUUAAACAAGCAAAAGAAAGAAGAAGAAGAAGAAGAAGCAAGAGCCAGAUAGCGAAACCAGAAAAGAUACAAAAAUCAUGGAAGUUGUUCAAGUUCUUCACAUGAACGGAGGAGUCGGAGCAACAAGUUACGCCAACAAUUCUUUACUUCAGAAAAAAGUGAUAACUAUGACGAAACCCAUCUGGGAGGAAGCAAUAACCAAGCUCUACACCACAAGUUUCCCAGCGAAACUAGUUAUUGCAGACUUGGGUUGUUCUUCAGGGCCGAACACUUUGCUGGUGGCAUCUGAAUUUAUCAAAAUAGUGAGCAAUAUCUGCAAAAAGCUGGGCAGCCAAUCACCGGAAUUUCAAGUGUUGUUGAAUGACCUUCCGGGGAAUGAUUUUAAUACCAUAUUCAGGUCUUUGCCAAGUGUUCAGGAAAAGCUCAGAAAACAGAUGGGGUGUGGCGCUGGUCACUGUUUCUUCUCCGGGGUUCCUGGCUCUUUCUAUGGCAGGCUUUUCCCCGGCAAGAGUGUUAAUAUUUUCCACUCUUCAUAUAGUCUCCACUGGCUAUCUCAGGUCCCUGAAGGUUUAGAGAGUAACAAAGGAAACAUUUUCAUGGCUAGCACAAGUCCACCAUGCGUGCUUAAAGCUUAUUACCAGCAAUUCCAAAAAGAUUUUUCAUUGUUUUUAAAGUGUCGUUCGGAAGAAUUGGUAGCAGGAGGGCGUAUGGUUUUAACAUUACUGGGAAGAAGGAGCGACGACCCCUCAAGCAAAGAAUGUUCCUACAUUUGGGAACUUAUGGCAAUAGCUCUCAAUGAAAUGGCUUCAGAGGGAAUUAUAGAAGAAGAGAAAGUAGAUUCCUUCAACAUCCCAGUAUACUCACCAUCACCAAGCGAAAUAAAAUGUGAAGUUAUGAAAGAAGGAUCAUUCGAGAUUGAUCGGACUGAGAUUACACAAGUAAACUGGGACGCAUACAACAAUGAAUUUAAGGGAGGAAAUGUGUCACAGUUGCAGUCACAAGAUAGAGGAUACAAUGUGGCACAGUGUAUCAGAGCUGUCGCCGAGCCUUUGCUUAUUAGUCACUUCGGUGAGGCCAUAAUUGAUGAAGUUUUUAGCAAGUACGGGAAAAUAGUUGCCGAUCGCAUGGCUAAGGAGAAGACUGAAUUUGUCAAUAUCACAAUUUCCCUCGUGAAAAGUGGAUGAUGAAUGAAAACGACCAACUCCUUCACCAUGUUUUUAUGAAAUAAAAGUAAGCAUCAUCAAUAAUGCAAUGCAAUGUAAUGCUAUAAUAAUCGUAGGAUGCUCGAUCCCAUGUGUUUCAGUGUGUUUCUACGUUGUUUAAGGUUAUAUUUGGUUUA